UCUCCGUGAGAUGAUAACCCAAUCCUACUCUAACCUCACGCACGCACGCGCCCAACUCAGAACAUCUGAAGUAUUGUCUUAUCUCCUUCACUAGAUACUCUCUCACCCCCUGAUCUUCAGCUAGCCGCUUCUCCACCCAUAUCCCCCACCGCCGGCAGACUCGCGUCGACCAGCGCGUCCCCCGCCGCCAUUAAUCCAGCAGCCGCCACCACUAACAUGGCCGCAUGGCCGCCCCUCGAGCUCCCAUCGAAGGAGAGGAAGAACACCGCAGAGCAGCCGCAGGGGAGCUCGUGGAGCGUGCGACGCGGGCGAGCCGAUGGGCGCGCGGGGCGUUGCUGUCAAGGGCGGCAUACGGGAGCUGGCCGGGGGCACGACAGGCUGUCGGCCAGGGCGGCGCGGGAAGCCGACGCCACCCACCCGAGUAUAUGCGGCCUGCCUCCCCCGACCAUCCAACCAAGUACGCGACGGACCUCCACCCUCGCUCGUCGUCGGCGAUGGCAUCGUCCAGCUGCGGCAUGGCUGCGCCAGGAGAUCUCCGUUACAGGGUUAGCGGCUUAGCGCGCACAGGCAUGAUCCGUAAUAGCCAAGAACUAUGCUGGUGGAGCAGUUCUUCGUGCCGCUCGUCGGCAGGGAUGCCAGAUCCGCUGGCUCCCUCGCGCAUCCAUCUAGCAGAGGCGUUCUCACUUUCUAAUCGAUCCCAGACGGUGGCGCUUACUCAGCCAUCAGGCAGGUGGCGACGGCGCUGUACGUGUGGCGCGCAUCGCCCAGAAGCCUGUUCGACGCCCUGGUUGAAGGCGGCGAGGAGCUUGGCGCAGAGCCGCAGAGGGUAUCGUACCUGGAGGAGCGCGGCGGCACGCGCGUACCGCUACCCGGCGUGCGAUCCCGCAGGCCAGUACCUUGGGAUGGAGCCACUCACGGACAGCUCCGUGUUGUCCAUCCUCAACAGGAACCUCGUCGGCGGCCUGUAGGUGCUGCAGCGAGACGGACCAAUCUCGAGGUGGUACGGGGUGCGCCCGGUGGAGGGGAUGCUCGUGGUGAACCUCGACGACAUGAUGCAGACCAUGAGCGGCGGCGCGUACCGGAGCGGGUUGCGGUGGCGGAGCCCCGCGAUGAUGGAGAGCUCGGAGAGGAACUCGGCCCGCGCCUAGGCGUUGGUGCCGUUGCAGACGACGCCGAACGCGUCGUUCCCGAUGGCGCGCAACGCAUCCAAGCCCGCGUGGCGGCGCUCCUCCUUGUAGGUGAACUCCCGCGGCGAGCGUGCCAUGGUCGCCGCCGACAGCAUGUUGUUCCGCUUGGUGGCCGAUCUCCAAUUAAAUUACUCCUUUUCCGUUCAUUAGUAUACAACUACUCAAUGGCCAAUUGCUAUUUAAAAACAAGACAGUGAUUAAUCUAGUCUGUACUGCUGUAGCGAAGUGGUGUGUGGGGGUUGGCAUUUGGACUUGCAUGGAGCGGCCGGCCUGCAGUCGAUGCUUUCGAUGAGAAAAAACUAGCACCAAUAAUUAGCUUGGCAGCUACAGUGGUCUAUAAAGAGGGAACAACAGACAAAAGCAGAUUCCUA